AUGCUGACCGAAUUCGACGAAACAUGUGGAUGCAUCGGUCUUCAGCUGAAUCUACAAAAAACGAUGUUCAUGAGGAACGGAUGGGUCUCGGAUGCCCCACUCACGCUCAACGGAACGAACAUAUCCGAAUGCACCAACUAUGUUUACCUCUGUCGGGAAUUGAAAAUGAUCAACGACCUGACCCCCGAGCCUGAGCAGACGAGCGGCUUGGGGAGCGUACAAGCGCAUCGAGGAUGUAGUGAAGAAGACCAGGAACACCCGGCUCCGUGCUCACCUCUUCAACACCACCGUACUUCCUGCUUUGACCAAUGCUUCGGAAACCUGAGCAUUUCGCAAGCAGAAAGAAAACGCAGUGAGCGUCAUUGA